UAUGACAAAAAUAAAAUCACUAAAAAUAAUAAAGAUCAAGACAAAAUAAUCAAGAAAGAAAGAUGUAUCAGCAUUAUAGAAAAAGCAGAAAAAUUCAUUAACAAAGUGAAGAAGAUAUUAAAAGAAAGUAAAGUUAAAGUACAAAUACCUACUGAUAUCAAAGAACCUUUGGACACCAUGUGUAAUUCCUGGAAGAAAAAAGUCAAAAAGUUUAUAGAUAAAUUUGAACCAAGUAAAAGGA